AUGGCAGGGCCAUCACGAGCCCCAGACACGUCGGCACCUCAAUGGCGCCAGUUCACCUUCUUCGACCUCGACAAUGUAAAGGAUGCAGACGAUCUGGCCUCCUCCCCACGCGCAGUCAAGGAACUAUCCCCACCAUUCGUCGUGACGCCGACGUCGUCCGACUCGCCCCUCCCACCGUCCCUCAUCGUGUCCUCUGGCAAUACGGUCACUUUGUUUGACCGACACUUUGUCCCCGAGCGAUCGUUCCAGGCGUGGGAGGGGAGUGGGCGGACAACAGCGCUCGUAGAGGCUGGUGGCCUCCUGCUCGCUGUGGGGGAAGACGAGGGGAGCCGCCAACCUGUACUCAAAGUCUGGGACCUUACACGAGACGAGAAGCGCCGACGCGGAGAGCCACUGCUCAUGCGCAACGUUAAGAUCCAGCAAGCGGCCGGGCGGCCACAUCCAGUCUCGGCCGUUGCGCUCACCACAAACCUUUCGCACCUCGCCAUCGGACUCGGAGACGGAACAGUGUUGCUGUACCGCCACCUUUUACAGAGUCUCACGACGUCGCCGACGGCAUUGACCACGCUGCCGAAAGCGCGCACAAUCGUCGAGGCUAAUGACCGGAUGCCGGAGGCCGUCACAGGACUUGGAUUCCGCGAAGGCCGGCUCGAGAAGGGAGGUGUAACAGCCACCGCGUUGUUCAUCGCCACGACGAAUCGUGUGCUCUGUGCACCCGUGUCGACGCGUGGCGGCGAGGCGCGCGUCCUCGACGAGUCGGGCGCCGGGCUCGGCUGUGUAGAGAUGGACGCGGAGCGGCAAGAGCUUGUCGUAGCCCGCGACGACGCUAUCUACCGCUACUCGCCUGAGGGCCGGGGUGCAUGCUACGCUUUUGAGGGCCCCAAGUCGUCCAUUGCCGUUGUCAAGCACAACCUGAUCAUCACGAGCCCGCCGAUGCACGCCGGACGGAGGAUAAAGGGCAACGACGCUGCCAAGAUCACAAUCUUCGACCUCGACAACAAGCUUGUCGCGUACACGGGCGUGUUCCGGCACGGGAUCCGCGCGCUCUUCGCCCAGUGGGGUAACGUCUACCUGCUUGAGGGCAACGGCGAGGUCGCGCGCCUCGAGGAGCACUCGACGAGUACCAAGCUCGACGUCCUCUACCGGCGCAACCUGUUCGUGCUGGCGCUGAGCCUCGCGCAGACGCAGGGCGUCAACGACCCCGGAAUCGCCGAGAUCCACCGCCUCUAUGGUGACUACCUGUACGGCAAGGGCGACUUUGAUGGCGCGAUGAGUCAGUUCACCAAGACCCUCGGGUUUGUGCAGCCAUCCUACGUCAUCCGCAAGUUCCUCGACGCGCAGCGGAUGAACAACCUCACCAUGUAUCUCCAGGAACUGCACUCGCGCGGCCUCGCCAACCCGGAUCACACGACCCUGCUGCUCAACUGCUACACGAAGAGCGGGAACAGCGCGAGCCUGGACCAGUUCAUCAAGGCUGAGGCUGCUCGCGACGUCGACACGCUUCCCUUCGAUCUCGAGACAGCGAUUCGCGUGUGCAGGCAGGCAGGCUUCUUCGAGCACGCGACUUACCUCGCACGUAAGUAUGGACGACAUGAAGAGUACCUGCGCAUCCAGAUCGAGGACGCCGAGGAGUACAAGGACGCGCUCCAGUACCUGCGGUCUCUCGGACCCAGCGCCUGCGAAGAGAACCUGAUCCGGUACGGUCGUGCGCUCCUUCAGCAUGAGCCAGCGGCAACGACCGAGCUGCUUAUCGACCUCUGCUCUGGGACGUUGGGGCGGAAGAAGGCACACGCCGACAUCCACCAAAGCCUUGAGGAUGCGCGCGCCAACGGCACAGGUUUGACGUCCUACCUCCCCGCGAUGCCAACUCUCGGUGUCAACCGACUGUGGGGUGAGGGACAGGGCCCAUCACCUAACGGCGCCAACGGCGCCGAGACGCCGGCUGAUGCGCAAGUCAAAGAGGAGGAGGACGCGCCAGCAUACACGCCGCCCUCACCACGGCUCUUCUUUGCGCACUUUGUUGACCACCGCGACCUCUUCGUACACUUCCUCGAGGAUGUCGCAUACGCGCUGUGGAGCCAGCAGGUUGAACCAGCUGUCACACCUGGGCGCGUCGCUCAGCAGCGCGGGAUCGAGGACACGGUCGAGCUACCAAGAGAUGAGGCUGACCAGCGCGCGGUGUGGAACACGUUACUGGAACUGUACCUCGACUCGACGCGGGGUGAGGGUGACUCGGCCGCCGCCGCGCGUGGCAAGGUUCUGGGGCUGCUGGCUUCAACCAGCAUCCCGUACGACCCGAUGCACGCGCUCGUCCUUUGCUCGAUGGCCGAGUUCACCGAGGGGCUCGUUGGGCUAUGGGAGAGCCUGGGAAUGUACGAGGAUGUGCUGAGGUACUGGAUGGAGCGGGACGCGGCCGUAGCCGAGGGCCGCGCCGACGAGAAGGACGUCAAUGCUGCCAUUGAGGUCAUGCGCUACCUCGACAUGUACGGGCCCGGCAACCCGAGCCUGUACCCCAUGGUGCUGCGGUACAUUACGAGCUCGGGCGCUGUGCUGAGCCGGCACAAGAGCAGCCUUCCUCGCAUCCUCGAGACGAUUGAUGCCGAGCGCAUCAUCCCUCCCUUGGCAGUUGUGCAGCUGCUUAGCCGGAACGGCGUAGCGUCCGUGGGGACAGUCAAGGACUGGUUGAGGGCCAAGGUCGAGGAGACGAGGCAGGAGAUCGAUGCGGACAAGGCCCUUGUGGAGAGCUAUCGCUCCGAGACGGCAGUCAAGGAGAAGGAUAUCGCCGAUCUCACCAACACUCGCCAGCCCGAGGUGUUCCAGGUCACACAGUGCGCUGCAUGCGGCGGCCAGCUCGACCUGCCCGCCGUUCACUUUAUGUGCAAGCACAGCUACCACCAGCGUUGCCUCAGCGACUCGGAUCCCGAGUGUAUCCUGUGCGCGCAGCAGCAUGCCAUGGUCCGCGAGCUGCGCAACAACCAGGCGCGUAUGGCGGAUCGGCACGACCUUUUCCUCGGCGAGGUACACGACGCCGACGACCCAUUCGCGGUGGUCGCGGGUGCGUUUAGCCGCGGCCUGUUCCAGAAGGAGGUGCCGCAGGACGUUUAG